AUGGUCGGUAUGACAUCCGAUCCCCAUUUGGAGGGUUCGGCUUGGCCGACGGAUCGGAACCUUUUGACCUCGGUGGUGCUCGGCGUUGACCUCCUCUCUUGCCACACACGGUCCCCAAUUACACCCGUCUCUCUCCCUCUCUCUUCUCGGAGAGAGAUAUUCGAAAGGCGGGCGGGUGUCUCCGCCCUCUCCGCUACCACUAUUUUGUCGAUGGGACUCGGCGGGCGGAGCCUUCGAUAAACAAGACUUGCCAUUCGGAACCAGAGGAGCCGCCCAGCUGGAUCCUCGCCAAAUGUUGUUUAUUUUAUUCAUACUGUUCUCCAGCUUCUGCUUCUUUUGCGCAAGCCUUCUGACCUUUCAAAUGUAUUUUUGCUGUUUCUUGAGAAGUUUUUCCUAGAUUCGCCACUUUGAGAACGAUCUUUGCAACCUUUUCUAAUGGGAAAAAAAACUUUUUUGUCAAAAAUUUUUUUAAGCUGUGAAACUUUCUCGGAAAGUUUAAGUUUUGCAAGACCUUUUUUCAUCGUUUCAAGACCCAUUUUGGCGAGUCUAGAUGAACCGGAAAAAAAAAAAAAUUUCAAAAAAACCGAUUUUUCACGAUUUUCCUGUGAGCUGUACUUCCUUAGAAAAAAAAAAUUCUGCAGCCUAUUUUGAUAGUUUUCGCAACUAUCCUUUUUCUGAGAUCUCGAUUUUUCAAUCUUCAAUUUUUCUCAACUUCACUUAAUUUUUUUGCUCCUCCAUAAAUCCCCCCUCUGCAGCUUCAGCUUCAUCGAUUAGCCCUCCCCUUCUCGCCAGCUCUUGCAUAAUUCACAUGCAAAUCGUGUCAUUGUUCGUUUCUCUAUCCUCUUCAAAUCCACAAAUUUAUUCGCUUUUUGCAGGAUGUCCGUUGUGUUCCCAAAGUCGCCAAAGCGAUCCGCACGACGAUGCCUCUUCGGCCGUCCUCCCCAGGAAGAGACGGACGCCUGGCUGAAGGAAGCCCUGAGGAAGAUCCGGCAGCAGGACGCCGAGAAGUACGGCUUCGACUUCGAACUCGGCGUCCCCAUCGAGUCGACGUCUUCUGAGUACGUCUUCGAGCCCUGCUCCGAGAACGACGUUCCUCCGUUCUAUAGGUGAGAAUUUCUUUUUUUUUCUAGUUUUUCAUUGCUGUAGCCCGAUAGUUCAUUCAUAACUGACUUUAGCAAAAUAGUGUUGAAAAUGAGAGGUUUAGACGUCUCUACAUUUUCUCGUUUCUUUUUGAUCACAUAAGCUUGACCAGACCAACUACCUUCACAUGUAAAGAAUUUUUUAUCCUAAAAAAAAGCUCUUUUCUGAAAGAAUCAAGCCUUCUGAUCGCUCAGAAUCAAAACUUCUUCUAAUUCUGCUCUCGUUUCAGAACCAAAGUCCUGCCGGCCUCGACCUCCCCGGCGAGCUCGCCCCAGUCCCAAGCCAACACCAGCGCCAUGAGCCUCACUUCCUGCGACGACAGCGACGUCAGCGACGUCAGCAUGGACAGCAUGGAGUACAGUCCGGUGCCGCCGUCGCGUCGUUCCCUCGGAACGCCCAAGAAACGCCAGGGCAAACUCACUGGUUAGUUUUUCUUUUCUUUACAAGGAAGUUUUGUCACUUUUUGUCUGGGAUUUUUCUGAAGUCUUUUUGAUGUUUAAUGUGAGGAUUCUGCAAGUUUGAGCAGGUGAAACUCCGUGGUUUUCGAAAAAGAAGGCUUGGAAUUUGAAGAAAUAUUAUUCGAGAGCUGGUUGAAUGAGCCAUUUGGAGACUUUCGGUCCUUCUUUUUUAAAAAUCGGAAAUUUAGGCUUCCCGGAGUUUAACUGUCCCAUCACUGAAAUAAAACCACGGAUUUUCUCAAAAAAUUGAAUUUUUAGAAAACGAAAAUCCCAGAUAAAGAACAUCCUUGUCAGCUCCCAAGCUUUUUUCUCAUAAAAUAACUAAUUUUUCUCAUUUUCAGAGUUCAUGGCGAUCCGCAGAAAGAGACUCCAGCGAUCUCCGAAGUCUGUCGACGGCGACGAACAUCACCGUUCGAGUCGUCGUGCCGUCGUCCGCUUCUGA